AAACGCCCCGGCGCGCUACCAUCCACUCAAAGUGUUUCUUGAAACUGACCGGGCGCGUUGCGAAAUCCCAGAAAAUCAAAUCCGAAAAAACGAUAAGAAUAAGUGUAUCUUAGUGUGAUACGCAGUGUGCCAAAAAGCAAAAACACAGUUUUAAACCGACGUUUUAGCUGCUUCUCAAUAAAAGAAUGAAGUGCCAACUGCUUUUCCUGGCCACCGUGUGCCUGGCCAGCGUCUGGGCGCUGCCCGUUCCCGACGAGGAGGUGGCCAUCCAGCCGGACUCCAGCGGCUCCAAGGCCGAUCUGCUAACCAAGACCGUCCUGCCCACCGCCGUUGAGCCCGCUGCCGCCAAGACCGAGUUGCCCGUGGUGGAGGUUCCCAAGAUUGAAGCCAAGGCUGCAGAGAUCCCUGCUUCAGCUGCACCGGCUGUCAUCACUCCUGAGCCAUCGGCAGCCAAGGAGAUCAACAGCGUGGAGCUCAAGUCGAGUGCGCCGGAUGUAGAGACCGCCCCAGCCAUUCCCGAGAAGAAGACCCUGCCGGAGGAGCCAAAGGAAGUUGCCGUUGAGGCCGAAAAGAAGCAGGAGAAGGCCGCUCGCACGGAAACGGAGCCCGUUGUUGUGGUGGAGGCCCAGAACCAGGCACCCAAGGCCAUUGAGCUGGCACCCGAGGCACCGGCCGCCAAUGCCGAGGUCCAGAAGCAGAUCGUCGACGAGGCCAAGCCCCAGGAGCCCAAGAUUGAUGCCAAGUCCGCCGAGGAGCCAGCCAUUCCUCCCGUUGUAGCCGUCGCUGAAAAGGAGACCAUUGCCGCCACCACCACUAUUCCAGCGGAGCAGCCUGCCCGCCAGGAGAGGAUCAAUGAGCUUGAGGCCGCCGCCAAGAAGGAAUCGAUUGCUGCCAUCGAGGAGCCAGUUGUUAAGGCGGCCGAGGUUCCAGCCGUUGAGCCAGCCAAAACGGAGACCAACAUCCAGGUGAUUGCUCCCGAAAAGAAGUCCAUCGAGUCGACUGGUGCUGCUCCUGCAGCUUCUCCUGCCGCUUCUCCUGCCGCCCAGGCUGCCCAGGCCAAGUCGGGUGAGGCCCCCAAGCCGGUGGAUCAGCAGAAGAGCACCGAGACCGUGGCCGAGGCCGCUCCCGUCCUGAAGACCAAUGCCCCUUUGGCCCCCGCCGGUGCCACCAAGGUCAGUGAGCCCGUCAAGGAGAAGGAGCAGCCUGCCGAGACCAUUGCCAAGGCCCUGCCCGAGGAGACUGUGGUGGCUGCCGCACCCGAGGCCAAGAAGAUCGACGAGACAGCCGAGGCUGCCGUGACCAAGAGCCCCGAAGCCAUUGCCGAGCCCAUUGCCCAGGCUGCACCGGCUGCACCGGCUGCUCCGGCAGCUACUGAGCCGAAAAAGUCAUCGGAGGAGAAGUCGGACAAGUCCGAGUCCAAGGUCGAUGAGUCCUCGGAGUCGAAGGAAUCGGAGGAGAGCAGCGAAUCGAAGGAGAACUAGGGAUAGUAAGAGAGAGCUUUACAUCUACACCACCACCAUGCCUUAACCCAGCACCACCAGCCGCACCAGCCGCACCACCACCCCCUACCGACCAUCGCACCACUGCUACGCCUUGGCAGCGUCUUAAUAUUACGAUCGUAGUUAGUGGUAUCCUUAGUUGUAAAUGGAGCAGAACGAAAUGACACAUACAACCAUGAAUAUGAAUAUGAGUUUGAAGGAACAAUAGAACCAAGUGGAUUGGAUUCUGAAAGAUCGCAAGGAACCCACGCGUAGGCAUAACAAUUCAACACACAACAAACAGGACAAACCGCUAAGAUGGCAUAAAGUAAUACUUAUAAUUAUAAUUUAAUUAAUGUAAUUUUAAUUAAAUCUUAGUCAUUGCAAGACAACACCCCCCAGCACCCCCUAUCAAGAAUCCCAGAUCAGCCUGUCCAACGGUCCAUCUUAAAGCAAAACACCCAAACCACUUCACCAGCCCUCGAGUAUCGCCUAUGAUACAAAUAUGAAAUGAAAAGCCCUUUUUUUUUUAUUUGAGUUCGAACAUAAUGAAACUACAUUUAAUAACGAUAGUGUUAUAACGUAUAUAUGAGAGGAAGUAUAUAUGAUUUUAUAUAGACUGAGAAAAUUCUUAAAUAAAAAUCGAAAAACAAAAAUACACAAG